AUGGCAGCACCCGCCGAAGUUACUACUGCUGCGUUAGCCGGCGUCUACGUCUUGAACAAGAAAAUGUCGGACAACACUAUGACUGAUAACAUCCUGCAGCUUCAGGGCGUCGGCCGCAUCAGCCGCGACGCUCACGCUCUACGUGAAACAUUAUACCGAGUGAAGCAUUAUACCGACGGUAAUGGCGUCGAGCACCUUGACGUCGACAAGAAGAUCGGCGGACUCGAACGAGAUCGAGAGAGCCCUCUAUUCGGACAUGUCAUUGGCAAAACCAGGCGCGAUCAGGUAGAAGACUUGGAAGACGCUCUUCUGAAAGAAGGUUGGCAUCCCGAUACGCACUGCGCCAUCGAGUCCAUUGCUCUGCGGUACUGCCUGGACUAUGCAUGUGGUCUGAUAGAUCCAUCGGCCAGAAGUCGUACCGCGAGGUUGACUUUCCGACAGAGUUGUUGUUUCAAGGUCAUCAAUGGAGAGAGGCGUUACACGCGUAGCAUGAAGUUCACUGGUCCGAAAGGCGAGAACGUGGAGGCCCGGGUCUGGUAUGACUACAUCGAACCAGUGUAG